AUGCUUAAGAAGCCGAGGGAGGCGCCAGCCCCCCGCGCAGCCCCCGCGCCAAAGCCGAACCGGGGGCUAAACCCAUCAUCACCGCCUCCACCAGCAGCUGCGGCAGCAGAAGUGGCAAGAGAGGUGAUCUCCAAGGAAAAGCCCCUCACACUCGACGCCCUUCUCACCAACGGCUGUAACGUGCGCGUCAGCGUCAACGACCUCGUGGCAUACGAGUAUGUCGACAAACAAAAACACUGGCAGUGGGGCCUCGCGACCGUCGCCGCGCUACCGGGCCCGCGGCUCGUGCAGCUGCUGCUCUGGCGCCACGACGGCACGCUACGGUCGAGUUCACAGGCACCCGCUACAGUCAACAUUUCGGAGGAGGAGCGCAGAAAAGCGGUGCAGCGGCUCGAGCAGCUGCGGCAGCAGCGCGACCGCGUGCAGGAGGAGGCGGAGACGAUGAACCGCAACCUUGCCUCACGACAGGCCGCAUACGCGGCGGCGCGGCGCCGCAUAGAGACCGAGGCGAAUGCCGCCGAGCAGACACUGAUGGAGGCGCGCACCCGCGUUAAGCAAAUUGAGGCGCGCGACUGGCGUGAGAUCCGCUGCUACCGCAACCCGCCUGCCAUCAUAGUGCUCGUGAUGGAGGCAGUGCUCUCGGUGCUCGGCGAGCACUGCGUGUCGUGGACGCAGAUGCAGUCCGUUAUCCGCUCCAGCGACUUUGUACACAAAGUAGAACAGUUCGACCCCUCUCGCCUCAGCGACCUCGUAAAGCGGAACGUGUGGAAGAAAUACAUCUCGAACCCGCGCUUCACCUACGCGGACGCGAUGAACGGCAGUCAGGCACUCGGCUAUCUGCAGCAGUGGGUCGUCGCCCAUGUGGCGACCGCCAACGCGACGGAGAGCCUCGUCGAGUAUGACAUCGCCCACGCCGACGAGCGGGCAGCGCUGUCGGGACUCGAGCAGCAGCUCGGCGCAUUCCAGCGGGCGCUGCGGGAGUACAACAGCGAGGAGGACCGCCUCCGCGCGGUACUGGAGGGGGAGCCGCUGGUGUUGCGCAAAAAACCCCACAACGCUGCAACCAGUUGCAGCAACAUCAGCAGCAACAGCGGUAACAUCGGCAUCGACAAGAGCAAAGAGAAUGGAAGGGAGUAUGAGGAGGCGGGUGAGGUGCAGAUUAUACCAGAGGCGGACCAAAACAUGAUUGUCCCACGCAAUGGCCCCAUACCACAGCCUAUGGAAAGGACGAAGAACAACAUGAGCGACCUCGACGACGAGCAUGAGGAGCAUAUUCAUGGCACGAACGCGAUAUGGAGCUUCACAGAUGAGAUCAUCGUUACACUGCGCUCCGCCAUUCUCUGUAACUAUGACAAGCCGGAGGGCACAAUUCUGCGGCUGACGCCGGAGCAGGUGCAGGAAAUCGAGGAUGCUCUGACGCGACGCAGCGGUAACUGGGAUCAGGAGAAGCACGCAGACGACGAGCGACGCAAGCUGCAGAAUGCCCUUGAGGACCUCCGCGGCCGGCAUGCUCGCACGCUGAAGCGGCUGCAGGAACUGGAGAGUGGUAACCACGGUCUGCAGCGUGAGCUGGAGGACCGCGAGCGCGAGCUGGAGAGACUUAACCAGGCGAUUAACGAGCACGGGGUACCGCUGCAGACGCCGCGGUACUCGGUGACAGGCUCCUCGCUCCGCUCCACACCACGCGCUGGCGUUGCUGCCGCCCAGCUGGCUGCUGCUGCUGCUGCCGCCGCCGCCACGCCCCUUGCUGAUAAAUUGAUGGACGCCGAGGAGGACCCGGCGGAGAAGAUCGCAGAUCUCGAGGAGCGGCUCAGGCGCGCGCUGCACGACAACCCAACGGAGGCGCAGGUGCAGCUGCUGGAGGACGACCUCCGCGCGGUGCAGGAGGAGCUGCGACAGAAGAAGGAGGAGCUCGACAGCUUCCGCAACGCGAUCUCGCCCAGCUACUACACCUCAUCGGCGCUGCGUAUGGAUAAAGAGAGCACACCGGAGGCGCAGCUCGCCGCUGCGCAGAGGCAGAUCGAAGAGCUCGAGGCCGCACUCGAGGAAGCGCUCGCAAUCGAGCAGCUUCGGGACCAGGAGCAAGGGGAACGGCGACAGCCCUCUGUGGAUGACGCCAAUAAGGUGGAUGAGCUGCAGGCGCAUGUCCAGCGCAUGCAGGCGGAGGUGCAACAGCAACGCCGCGACGCCGAGAUCGCGGCGGAGCGGUUGAACGACGAGCUGCACGCACACGAGGCGACGCGAGAUACACUGGCGGCGAAGGAGCAGGAGCUGCAGGCGCUGUGGGAGCGGCAGAACAGAGCUGAGGGAGAGAAGGAGUCCACGCGCGAUGCCCUGCACGCCAGCGAGGGGGAACUCGAGAAACUCCGUGACCAGCUGCGGGAGGCGGAGGAGAACGUGCAGCAGCUGCAGGACCAGGUGGAGGCAGCACGGCUGCUGGAGGGGGAGCGACAGCGCGACACGGCGCAGACACGCGAGGACCGCGUGGUAAAGAUGCGCGGCGUGAUCGACCAACUCAUGCAGGAAUCGCAUCGGCAGAAGCAUGAGGCGAAUUCCACCGGGUCUGUCCUCGAAGAGGUUCGGGCAUUACUCGGGAAUAAGGUUGUGAUCUAG